AUGUUUGAUAUAAAUAAUGAGCACGAUAUAUCCCUCUUUUUAACAUUGUGCUCUCAGUCAUAUGAAUUUACAGUUGUUUGCUUCGAUAAGUUAAUUGACUUCUAUUCUGCUAAUCCAGAUAUUAACGAAGAUAAAAUCAUUACUGUACUCAGCUUGCACGAAAAAUUAAUGAUUUAUGCGAAUAUAGGCAGCUCACUUGAGUAUCCAAAAUUUGCCCAAAUUGUUGAUCAAUUGUUUAAAAAGGGCAAAACAUGGCGCUAUUUAAUUACUUUUGUUGACAAUCAAUUAAAUUCUCAAUUAUAUAUGAGUGAGUUUUUAGACAUUUACUUUAAAAAGCUCUCAACUGGAGCUGCUGGAAAAGGAAAAGAUAAAACUGUAAUAAAACAAAUGAUAAUAUAUACUUUAGCUAGUAAUGCCAGAGAAAGCACAAAUAAAAGAGAGAUAAUAAGGGAAUAUCUAUACUAUUUGAUGAAUUAUUUGGCAGAAAAUACAUUCACACGUAGAGAGAUCGAUAAUUAUUGCACUUGAAUUGAGCAAAUUAGUUAUUACAUACCAAGUUUAUAUGAAUUUAUAAUGCAUUUAGCAUCAGAAGAGUUAAAAAAAGCAAAGGAUGCAGAUGAUAUUGACCAUAUGUUUUUGUUUAGACAAAUAGCUUAUUUUAAGAUAAUAUUGUAAGAAGGAGGAAUGCAACUAGAGUCAAUCUUGUUUGGGAACUUUGCAAAUAAAGUGAAUGAUGAGCAGAUAA